AUGGCUGACAAUAUUCUUAAAUCUUUUGAUCAGCAAUCAUCAAUAUCUACAAAUGGAAUUAAUAAAUCAUCGGGAUUCAAUGAAAAAUUUGACAAACUAUCAAACGAAGUAGCUGAGUUGGAGAAACUUGUUGAAUCAUCUACAAGACAACCCAAAAGAUCAGGCAAUUCAAUAAGUCCGACAGAGAACUCUAUCUGUUGGUAUUAUAGUAAUUAUUGGAAGAAGGCAAAGAAGUACGUUCAGCCAUGCAGAUGGCAGGAAAACGAGGGAAGCAGCAAGCAAUAG